UUCAGAACAAUGCAUAUAGAGUUUUCUCUACUCUUAGUCCAGCUAUCCGUUAUGUGCUAGCUUUACGUGAUGAUGUCUUCAUCAGAUGUUCGUUGUUUGAAGAGCAAAUACACAAGUAGAUAGAUAAGGAAAAGGGAGAGGUGAUACUUGUUAUAAGACGCCGUGGAAGCUUACACCACACCCUCUCGACGAGCCUUUUUCUUCAUCAGACCGAGAAAAUUUAAUACAAACCAACGAACUCUACUAGCCUCCGGUAGCACACUUAAAAAGCAAAUAUCAAGAGUCCAGAAAAUUCCAAAAAUGCAAAUUUUCGCCCUUCUCGCGACAUUCGCGGCCAUCCUCUGCCAACUCUGCCAUGCUGGAUAUACCCCGAUAGUCGGGGCCUUAGCCCCCUGGAAGGUCACCAGCAUCCAGAUCAGAACCCCAUCUAUGCGGCGCCCUGGGCCUAUCGCCGUCGACCUCAUCAUAGAAAACCCAAAUUCAGCCGACGCGGGGACGCGGCCGCACGCCGAAGGCGGGGGGUAUUUUACCUUCGACCCAAGCAACGCGAAUUGCACCAUCACUACCCGAGGCCACCACUGCACAGAGACCACGAACAACCUGUAUAGCACGUGGACCAUCGGCCUGUCGCAUCCCCUCAAUAUCACACGCAGAGGAGGUGGUGGCGGUGGUGGCUUUCCCUUCGACCCGCGGAACAUAGGCCUGAAGUUCACACUCACAUACAACAUGACCCGCAUGGACUCUGCCUUGUACAAGGUGUACGAGGGUAUUGGCCAUUUUGGCGUCGGCCUGAACCUGACGCAGGGUGCCUGCGACUACACGGGCGGCACGUGCAUGAUAGGUCUAGCAAGCAAGAAUAAGCCGUUGCUGAUUUUCCCCAAGUUGAAGGCUUGCCAGGGAACUUGUGCAGUGGGUACUUGAAGAUUGAAGAGACGAGAUGAGACGAGACAAGACAAGACAAGACAAGAUGAGAAGAGAAUAUCGAUGCUGUUAAUACUUAAUACCUACCAGGGCGUAGGUGUCUAAUUAUUGGUUACAUUAGUAGUUGGUCAUACCUUGACGGGUAUUUAUAUGGGACAAAUGGGAAGGGGGAGUUUUCUGUGUAUCUUCGGAUACGAUUAGCCAUGCUUAUUGGUGGUAGUGGUGGUUGGUGACGGGCCUGAGUUGGGUUGGGAUGAAAUCUAUGAUUGCACGACUUUUUUU